AUGUCUGUCACCAGCGGCACGUCCAGCAGGCCUCUGAUCCGCAAGCCGGCCCCCCAUGAGGCCGUCUUCUGUAGUGUCUGCAACCGGAGAUUCCCCAGCUUCGAGGAGCUGAUGGGACACAAGCGCAUGGCGAUGCUGACCGAAGGAACCCACAUCCACUGCGCCGUGUGCACCCGCGACUUCAACAGCCAGGACGCCUUGAACAAGCAUCUUCUGGAGGCACACCCUCAGGAGCAGAGCCUCACCUGCCCCGGCUGUCAGAAGAAGUUUGUCCGGUUGGCUGGGUGGAUGAGACACCUCGAGCAUGACGACUGCCCGGGAAUUCGUCGCGCAGACGUCGACCAGAACCGCGCAAAGAAGCUCACCUUUUCCCACGAGCUCGAGAAGCGCAGCGGCUCCCAGUUCGGAGACUACUUCCCCGUGUCCCACCCCAGCGUCCAGUCCGCCUUCGAGGCGCAGUCCAACCUCGAUGCCGUAUCCACUGUGGACGCGCAGUCCGAUUUCGACGACAAGGCCUACAUGGCCCAUCCGUCCUUCUUCAAGCCCCAGGACUUUCCCAAUCUGAAGGAUGUCACUGAGAGCCUGGAGAGCAUUCAGCAGUCAGACGAUGGCAAGAAGACAGUCGUGGACGACGUGAACAAUCCGUCUCACCGGCUCUUCGAUCCUAGAAAGUACUACAACACCCUCACGCGCAAGAAGACAUUCCCCAACAGCGGCGCUCUUAUCACCCACAUGAAGUCGGCGGCCUCGCACUACAAUGCCAAGCUGCAGUGCCCCGGCUGCCUGCGCUACUUCAGGGAUGCGUCGUCCUUGACCGCCCACUCCGAGUCGGAAUCGACCCGAUGCAGCAUCCGCAAGUCCGAAAACUACCGCUCCUACCUUGACCAGCUCACUGGAGGCAUGGCGGACCUCGGCGCCAAGCACGAGGACGGUACUGUUAAGUAUGAGGUCAGCACGGAGGCCGUCGUCAAGUUCGCUCCAUCUCGGAUGGCCAGAUCGGCCACGGAGGAUUACAUGGCACAGCAGGAGGCCGAUCGUCAGGAGGACUGGGCUCGCAACAAUAUUGUCUGGUGUCGUCGCGAAACCGUGCCAAUUUUCUCCACACUGUAUGCCCCGCCAACACUUUACGCGCCAUCCCACCAAGACGCGCUCGUCGCGUCCCACCUAAAUGUUCCGUCGUCAAACUUCCCGGUGCUCAACUUCACGGCACGUACAACAGCACCAGAAACAAUGGCGGAAGCGGAAUUGAAGGAGUUCUUCACCUCGGGAGACAAGGCUCUUGAGCCUGAAGUUCUCACCGAACUGCAGUCCCUAUUGCGCCUGCACGACCUGUCCGCCGAGGACCUCUUUUACAAAUGGGAGUCCUUCUGCAUCAAGAUGGACAUGGACGCCAUGAACCCCGACAUUGUGCACGUGCGAAACUUCAAAAAGGAUAUCCAGGACGCACUAGAGAAGAGCAACCGACAGCAGACGCACAUCAAGACGGAGAAGCGCAGUCACGGCACCCCGCGAGCCGGAAGAGGCGGCGGCGACGUCUUUGGCAUGCUGGAUGGACUGGUGCCCAGUACGCCGGCUUCAGGGAGGCUGAACAAGCCGAGCAGUCUGCGGAAGAAGACGCACGAGACGCCGACAAUGUCGCGGGUCAAGGCCGAGAUCCCCUCGAGCUCGCCAGACUACAAGGGCGCCUCCAAGAUGGAGGAGCAGCUCAACGCAAUGUCACUCUCGUUCAACGACCGACAGAACGCCGGCGAGACGGUGGAAGUGCUCAACGACCACCUCGACGCUCCCGAGCCGCCGAUUUGCCCGUACCCCGAACCCCGCAUCAAGUUGACGGCGGCGUCAGACCAGAAGAAGCUGGCGUACAAGCCCCUGGCGAUGAAGUUGUCAGAGGCGUCGGAGAUCCUCGACGACAGGAUAGACGAGUUUAUGCACAUCAUCCAGGACUACCACAAGUUGGACUUUUCAGAAUUCGGCAACGCGGCGAGUCAGAGCACGACAGAGGUGAUUGCCGUGGGACGCAUCGCCUCGGAUGCGCCAGAGGGAAAGCUGAACGCGGCGUCACUGGUGCUAGAGAUGUCGAGGCGGGUGGGCGGUGGUCUGCGAGCGCCCCUUAACAUGCGCAACAAGGGGUACAGCUUCUUCCCCGGCCAGAUUGUGGCCCUCAGGGGCAUCAACACCUCGGGCAACGAGUUUGUCGUCGAGGAUGUGCUUGAAGUGCCUCUUCUGCCCAACGCGGCUUCGACGCCGGCCGCACUGGCUGCGCACCGCGAGAAACUACGAGGCGACCCCGACGCCAUGGACACCGACGCAGACCCGGCGCCCCUCAACAUUCUCUACGCCUCCGGUCCGUACACGGCAGAUGACAACCUCGACUUUGAGCCGCUGCACGCCCUCUGCGACCAAGCCGCCGACACGUACGCGGACGCACUGGUGCUGACGGGGCCGUUCAUCGACAGCGAGCACCCUCUGAUUGCGAUGGGCGACUUUGACCUCCCCGAGGAAGCCGUCAUCGAGCCGGACACAGCCACCAUGUCGACCGUCUUCAAGUACAUGUUCUCCCCGGCCCUGAACCGCCUCGUGUCCGCCAACCCCAGCAUCACCAUCCUCCUCGUCCCCUCGGUGCGCGACGUCAUCGACAAGCACGUCUCGUGGCCGCAGGACUCGGUCCUGAAGAAGGAGCUCGGCCUCCCCAAGACGGCGAGGAUCGUCACCAACCCGAUGACGCUGUCCGUCAACGAGAUGGUCAUGGGCAUCUCGUCGCAGGAUAUUCUCUGGCAGCUGCGGCACGAGGAGCUCGUUGGCGGCCGCCCCGCGGAUCCGUCGCUGUUGUCGAGGCUUAGCAGGUACCUGUUGGAGCAGAGGCACUUUUUCCCGCUCUUCCCGCCGACGGACCGCCAGAAGCUGCCCAAGACGGGGACCGAGGAGGGCAUCCCGCCUGGUGCCAUGCUGGAUCUUAGUUAUUUGAAGCUGGGCGAGAUGGUCAACGUUCGCCCUGAUGUGCUCGUGGCGCCCAGCUUCCUGCCCCCGUUUGCCAAGGUCGUCGAGAGCGUCCUCGUGAUCAACCCGGGCUACCUAUCAAAGAGACGCGGCGCCGGCACGUACGCCCGCCUGACGCUGUUCCCUCCCAAAGCCGACGCGGGCCAGUCCGCGGCCAUGGUGAGCCACGGCGUGUUUGAGCGCGCGAGGGUGGAGAUUAAGAAGAUUUGA